AUGCCGUCCAUGCACGACCGUAUCCGCGAGGAUCUCCUCAACAAAGAGCGCGCGCUAUGGACCGCCUUGACAUCGGCCGACCCCGCGCCCGCCGUACAGAAACUGUGCAAUCCCGAAGCGAACCUGUUGUUUCCCCAGAUGGACAUCUUGACGAUGGAGGAUCCGGACCAGUUGAAGCGAGCCUUGAAGCCGCCAUUCCACCGCUUCGAUGGAUACGAAUUUGAUGAUGUGCGAACAAUCAUUAUUGAUCUCAUGGCGGGAUCCGUGACAUACAAGGUCCGUGCCGUGCGAGGCAAGGAUGAGUACCGCGCAACCGGAUGUACUACUUGGAGUCAGGCCUCGGAUGGCGAGUGGCGGGUGGUCUGUCACCAAGAGACAAUUUUGUAA